GGUGUUGGUGAGGCGGCCCAGGUCUAGUUUCGAAGAGCACAGGCUCCGGACGCGCAGGCUCAGCGGCCACGGCUCACUGGCCCAGCCGCUCCGCGGCAUGUGGGAUCUUCCCGGACCAGGGCACGAACUCGUGUCCCCUGCAUCGGCAGGCGGACUCUCAACCACUGCGCCACCAGGGAAGCCCAGUGCUGGUUCAUCUUACAAUGAAUGGCAUUUUAUAAUCAUGGUUGGUCAGGUGACAACUGAGAUGUUUUGUCAUUGCCUGAACACACACAAACUCAGUGGUUAUUCCUGGUGGGAAGACUUGGCAACUGUAAUCUCCAUGUUUCCAUCAACGAGUUGUAUAAGGACCAUCUGGAAAAGAAACAUGCUGCCUGUUGUCUGAAAACCUUCUGUAGACACCUUCAGGAAUCGCUGGAACCAGAUUAGCUUUGGUUUAGAAACUACCGAAUAGUUACAGCAGCAAAAGCAAAGCAGUGAUGAGCAGAUCUGAGAUCAUCCUGAAUUUUAUUUCUAGCCCUGACACUUACUAGCUGGAAUGGCAUUGCUGAUAGAACCCACUUUGCAGGAUCCCCUCUGGGAGCACUAAAUGAGUGACACACUCGGAAGCUCUUCAAACAGCGCCUGGCCCAUAAUCAGCAACGUCUUGUUUUUCAUUUUACCGCCCAUCUGCAUGUGCUUGUUUCGUCAAUAUGCAACAUGCUUCAACAGUGGCAUCUACUUAAUAUGGACUCUGUUAGUUGUAGUGGGAAUUGGAUCCGUCUACUUCCAUGCAACCCUUAGUUUCCUGGGUCAGAUGCUUGAUGAACUUGCAAUCCUUUGGGUUCUGAUGUGUGCUCUGGCCAUGUGGUUCCCCAGAAGGUAUCUACCAAAGAUCUUUCGGAAUGACAGGGGCAGAUUCAAGGCGGUGGUCUGCGUCCUGUCUGCAGUUACAACGUGCCUGGCGUUUGUCAAGCCUGCCAUCAACAACAUCUCUCUGAUGACCCUGGGGGUUCCUUGCACAGCGCUGCUUGUUGCCGAGCUAAGGAGGUGUGACAACGUGCGUGUUUUUAAGCUGGGCCUCUUCUCGGGCCUCUGGUGGACCCUCGCCCUCUUCUGCUGGAUCAGUGACCGGGCCUUCUGUGAGCUGCUGUCGUCCUUCCACUUUCCCUACCUGCACUGCGUGUGGCACAUCCUCAUCUGCCUGGCCGCCUACCUGGGCUGCGUGUGCUUCGCCUACUUUGAUGCUGCCUCCGAGAUACCCGAGCAAGGCCCCGUCAUCAAGUUUUGGCCCAGCGAGAGAUGGGCCUUCAUCGGCGUCCCCUACGUGUCCCUUCUGUGCGCCAACAAGAAAUCACCAGUCAAGAUCACGUGAUGGCAUGGCAGUGGCUGGCCUCUCUGCUUAUUUUCCCUCUCGCACCUAAACUUCAUCUGCCAGCAGAGACAGCCAGGGGGAUUCGCAGAAUCGGGAGUGGGGUCUGUCUUUUAAAAAUUCGGCGCCCUUGGGUUCUAACUAGUGUGUCUGUGGGCCGCCAGGACUCCACGGUGCCUGGGGAGCAGCGGGUGUCUUCCCCUUUCCCAAAGAUGGGAAGUGGAGGGCCGAGGGGCACUAGGUGUGUCUUUUCAGUGUCACCUCCAGCUACAGUGCUCAUUGGGCUGCGUCCUUUAUGGUCAUGGCAGAGCCGUCCUGUGGGGGACCCAGCGCUGCACACACCUCGCUUCCUGGAGAGAGUUUGCUCUGGAUCCCCCCGUUCCCAUGUGCUCUCGGAGCGGACCCUCCCUUGACAGACAAAUCCUGCGCCAUACAAGACCCUCUGACUGUAUGGUGGAAGAGGCCAGAGAUUUUCAUUUGGGGAAACUGUCCUGAAACGAAAGCAAACGGAACACACACAGGGCUUGUGGCUAAGGAGGCUGGUUUCCCCCCUUGCAUCUCUCCAUAACCCAGGGUUUACAUACAUGUGUGCGUCCUUUUCCUGCUACCUCUUCUGAGAGAUGGGGCCUUGACUUUAGAUCAGGGUGAAGCUAACAAGAAAAGCCCUCUAUGCCAAAAACGACACUCCGCUUUAAGCCAUUCUUGAAGAUAAGCACAAUUUUUAAAUGCUGACACGGUCCCCGCCCAGUACCCUCAAACACACAAAGAGAAGACUAGCUACGGUGUGAGUGGUGUGAGCGUUCCAUACAGAGACCCACCCCUUUACUGCUUGACCUCUGUGACAUUGCCAACGGCCUGUGACAAUCGUGGUAGGGGUCCUGGUUCAAACUUUGGAGCAAACAUGAAGUUUUAGAAGUUGUUCUCAUUGGAAGCCUCCUGUAUGCUGUCCUAUUCUGGAAAUUAUCCUCAAGAAUCUUGCCGCUUCGUUCUUUGGUAUUUACUGUGGGAAUUACACUCCAUAUCCUCACAGUAUGAGGUGCUUCCUGUGGUUUCUCCGUGCUGGCGUUUGACCACGUGCUUUUCUUAAGUGCUGGCCUUAACUACACACUGGCUGCUUUGGGUGCAGCAGGGCAAAGCUCUUGCCUUCUGAGUUCUCACCUAAAGUGACACUGGCUGCAACUCCUGUCCUCUGGGCUGAAUGGGAGACUCCGCAUAUGUCUUCAAGGUGCGAGGUGGGAAUUCGUGACCUCAGGGGUACUCAUUUUAACUCAGGCAUCUCUUGCUUUGCAACAUUCCAUCACGGGAGAGGGCAGAACAGAUGUGUCCUUCUUGUGUGGAUGGGAAUCAUGUCACUGUCCUAAGUAUGUAAGAGUCAGGCAGUAGCAGUUUUUGGCUUGUCCGGGAACUCUUACUCUGGUUAAAAUUUGCACAGAAUUGCAGGUGAAAAGUCCAAGAAGCAACUGAAUUUAGACUUUAGAAAUGAGUGACUUUAUUCUACUUCUGUGGUUUUUAAAUUAUUUUAGCAGCAGAGCCCUGUUUGCAAUAAGAAAUCUUUAUGGA